CGGCUUCUCAUUGGCCAAAGCAAAUAACCAUAAGAAAAUCCCUAAUUUGCUAAAGCCAGUAGCGGGAGCACGUAGAGCAGAAACAGUGUCAGCGAGGGCAAAUAUAUAAAAGAAAAAGGCAUGAUAGGGUCCUCCUUAACCCUUCUGCUUGCGCCGGUGUCUCCUCCAGUCCUCUCCUUCAACCGCCUCUCUCAUUUCCACUCCUCUCCUCUCUUCGCCUCUGACUUGUUAAGAGCGACAUCAAGAAGACUUGUUUUAGCUACAAAGACGCUGUCGAUAUCGACCAUGGCGAAUACGAGUGAGGAGAACAGUGGCAAUUUAAAGAAACAGUUGGCGAAAUUGUUUGAAGCAUCUCUUAGAGAGACUGUCCCUAGUAAGCACGAUGUUGAGCCUUUGGUUGCUGCCUGCACUGCCAAAUUCGGCGAUUAUCAAUGUAAUAAUGCCAUGAGCCUUUGGUCGAAAAUAAAAGGAAAAAAUACUGAUUUUAAGGGCCCUCCAGCAGUUGGACAGGCAAUAAUGAAAAAUCUUCCUCCUUCUGAAAUGAUAGAAUCUUGCUCUGUGGCAGGACCUGGUUUUGUUAAUGUUGUUUUGUCAAAGACCUGGUUGGCUGAGAAAAUUCAAAAUAUGCUAGUUGAUGGUAUUGAUACUUGGGCGCCCAAGUUUUCGAUCAAAAGGGCUGUGGUUGACUUUUCCUCACCCAAUAUUGCAAAAGAAAUGCAUGUUGGCCAUUUAAGGUCCACUAUUAUUGGUGACACACUAGCCCGAAUGCUUGAAUUCUCAAAGGUUGAUGUGCUUCGACGAAAUCAUGUUGGUGAUUGGGGGACACAGUUUGGUAUGUUGAUUGAAUUCCUCUUCGAAAAGUUCCCAAACUUUGAAGAUGUUAAUGAAAGAGCCAUUGGAGAUCUACAGGCAUUCUAUAAGGCAUCAAAACAGAGGUUUGACACUGAUUCUGCAUUUAAGGAGAGGGCACAGAAAGCAGUUGUUUGCCUCCAGGGUGGAGAACCCAAGUACCGCCAAGCAUGGGCGCAGAUCUGUGACAUCAGCAGGAAGGAGUUCGAUAAGGUCUAUCAACGCCUUGGAGUUCAUCUUGAGGAAAAGGGAGAAAGCUUUUACAAUCCAUUCAUUCCUGGGCUUAUAGAGGGAUUAAGCAAUAAAGGAUUAGUUCAAGAAAGUGAAGGUGCUCGCGUGAUCUUUAUUGAAGGAAUUAAUAUACCUCUUAUUGUUGUGAAGAGUGAUGGUGGUUACAACUAUGCUUCUACUGAUCUAGCUGCCCUUUGGUAUCGCCUUAAUGAAGAUAAAGCUGAGUGGAUUAUAUAUGUUACUGAUGUUGGUCAGCAGCAGCACUUUGAUAUGGUAUUCAAAGCUGCCAAACGUGCGGGUUGGCUUCCAGCUGGUGAUUGUAUGUUUCCUAAAGCUAGCCAUGUUGGAUUUGGCCUUGUUCUUGGAGAUGAUGGCAAGCGUUUUAGAACUCGAGCUACUGAAGUGGUUCGGUUAGUUGAUUUGCUAGAUGAAGCAAAGACUCGUAGCAAAGCAGCACUUGUUGAGCGUGGCAAGGCUGAAGAGUGGACUGAAGAGGAGCUUGAGCAAACUGCUGAGGCAAUUGGUUAUGGUGCUAUCAAGUAUGCUGACUUGAAGAACAAUAGAUUGACCAAUUAUACAUUCAACUAUGAUCAGAUGCUUAAUGAUAAGGGAAAUACUGCUGUUUAUUUGCUAUAUGCACAUGCUCGGAUCUGUUCAAUCAUCAGGAAAUCUGGUAAAGACAUAGAGGAAUUGAAGAAAACUGGAGUUUUGGUUUUGGCUCAUCCUGAUGAGCGUGCACUGGGGCUUCAUUUACUACAGUUUGCUGAGACUGUUGAGGAGGCCUGCACCAAUCUCCUGCCAAACGUGUUGUGUGAAUAUCUCUAUAAUUUAUCUGAAUACUUCACCAAAUUUUAUUCCAAUUGUCAGGUUGUUGGGUCAGCCGAGGAAACGAGUAGACUCUUGCUGUGUGAAGCAACAGCCGUGGUCAUGAGGAAGUGCUUUUUCCUUCUUGGAAUUGUACCUGUUUACAAGAUAUGACAAUACAAACUCAAGAUAAAGGGUUCUCUCUGUAUUUUUCUCAGACACCUUGAAAAUUGCAUACAGAACAUAUAACUCGUUGGAAAGAUUUUAUCAUAGCUGGGUUUCAUCAACAUUA